GCUCCAUCCUCGUCGACCAAAACCCACACUCGUACAGGCGACACACCCUCGCCAACAAGAAUGCGGAUCACCCCCUUCCUCGGCCUGGCAGCGGCAGCGCUGGCCAGCGCGUCGGCAUCAGCGCGGCGCUCGCACCUCGACGACGGCGCCAGCACCCCCCAAAGCUUCGUCAACACGGUCGUCGCGCGCACCGUCGAGCUGGGCGGCGCGACCUCGCUCGUCACGACGCAGUACAAUGCCAAGGCGCUCGUCGAGAACCCGGGCGCGUACGUGCUCGCCCUUGGCGGUGAGGGCGCGCCCGCGCCGGCGUGGUACGAGGUGUUGGUUGGCGGAAAGGCCGUUGAUGGCGUCGAGUUUGGGUCGCUUGGCGGCGCCCCCGCCCUCUCCGUCCCCGUCGGCAAGCUGGCCAAGGACGCCCAGGUCAUCAUCUCGCUCACGACCCUCGUGACGCACGCUUCGCGCCCGCUGCCGCACGAGAUUGCGCAGCGCGACCCGCAGUACCUCCUCUGGGAGACCAACUCGACGCUCGUGGACAGCGCGUACAAGUCGGACGUGGAGAGGAUCAAGAUUCGCUCCCCCACCCCCUCCAUCCUCCAGCACGGCCAGGUGCCCAACACUUACACGCGCGAGACGGACGUGACCAAGUCGGGCUCGACGCUCACGCUCGGCCCGUUCUUCAACGUACCCCCCACUGUUGGCGCCGGCGCGUCGGCCGACCAGGGACCCUUCUACGUCCACUACGAGACGCUCCAGCCCGUCGUCGGCAUCCGCAGCCUCAAGCGCGCCGCCGAGGUCAGCCACUGGGGCGGCAACCUCAACAUCCAGGACGAGAUUUCGCUGUUCAACGACGGCCCGACCCUCCGCGGCCAGUUCUCGCGCCUCGCGCACCAGCAGUCCAAGUUCCACGCGAGCAAGCCCGCGCAGAUCCUCACCGAGCUCACCCUCCGCCUCCCCCCCUCGGCCCACUCGGUCUACUUCUACGACGUGAUUGGCAACGUGUCGACGUCGCACUUCCGCCCCGGACAGGGCGCGACCACUGCCUCGCUGUCGGGCCGCGCGCCGCGUGUGGUGGAUGGCACCCUCGAGAUCAAGCCCCGCUACCCCGUUCUCGGCGGCUGGAACUACACGUUCACGGUCGGCUGGGACAGCCCACUCAGCGAGUCGCUGCACGUUGACGCCAAGAACGGCCGCCACGUGCUCGCUGUCCCCUUCCUCACGGCGCUCAAGGACGUCGUCGUCGACGAGGAGGAGCUCCGCAUCGUGCUGCCCGACGGCGCGACCGACGUCGAGGUCUUCACUCCCUUCCCUGUUGACGCGAUCGAGCACUCUGUCCACAAGACGUACCUCGACACGAGCGGCCGCCCCGUCGUCACCAUCACCAAGUCGCUCGUGACUGAGAACCACGCCCAGAACGUGUACGUGUCGUACAACUACCCCCUGUCGGCGCAGCUGCAGAAGCCACUCAUCGUCACUGCCGUCGUCGGCGUGCUGUUGGCCAUCUUUAUUGUGCUCAGGCGUGUCGACUACAACAUUGCGUCGGCGGCCGAGCGGAAGAGGAAGUAGCGAGGCGGCGAAAAACGGAGUAGACACCGCGUGCGUAAGUACGCAUAGAGCAUGCAUCUAGUGUGAGCAGUUGUGGACGUGUGAGCAGCGC